UGGGGUUUUGGACUGCUGAGAUCUACCAGCUCUGAGAUCUGAUUCAACCACCCUUUUGAGGGUUGAUCAAGGGUUCAAAGAGGGGCACUCAACUGGAAUCUUGGAGCUUUCUGACCUCAGUUUGUGGAGUUAUUUAGAAUCAACUGAUUUUGACCUAAUUCAGACAAAGGGUCCUAUAUCUUCGGUCAACCAGAAGCUGCUAUUGAUCUUUUGGGGUUUUAUUGGUCCACCUAGGACCUCGACUCGAUCCAAAUUUCAGUCUCAACUGACCCUAUUUUGAAAUUGGUUGUGCUACUUAGCAAUGGCUUCUGCAACUACUUAUAUUGAUGAUAUGGGGUCCAAGCCUGAUGUUAUUGAUCUUCCUAAAAGCAAAGACAUGAUGGAAAUUUGUGAACAUUCAAAUGAUCCUUCUCAACAUGCUAUAAAACCGAAUGUGACAGUUGCUAGCAGUGUUCGUGAUUUGUUGGAAUGUCCAGUAUGCUUAAAUGCUAUGUACCCUCCCAUCCAUCAGUGUUCAAAUGGCCACACAUUGUGUUCUGGUUGCAAGCCUAGGGUGCACAACCGGUGCCCCACUUGUCGACAUGAACUAGGAAAUAUAAGAUGUCUUGCUCUAGAGAAGAUUGCAGCCUCACUUGAACUUCCUUGCAAGUAUCAGAGCUUUGGGUGCACGGGCAUAUACCCUUACUAUAGCAAACUAAAGCAUGAAUCGCACUGUGCAUUUAGACCCUACAACUGUCCAUAUGCUGGUUCAGAGUGCACUGUCAUUGGUGAUAUCCCUUAUCUGGUGACCCACCUGAAAGAUGACCACAAAGUGGACAUGCACAAUGGCAGUACUUUCAACCAUCGCUAUGUAAAAUCCAAUCCACAUGAAGUAGAGAAUGCCACAUGGAUGUUAACAGUUUUCAGUUGCUUUGGCCAGUAUUUCUGUCUGCAUUUUGAGGCAUUCCAGCUUGGUAUGGCACCAGUGUAUAUAGCAUUCUUGCGGUUUAUGGGUGAUGACAAUGAAGCCAAGAACUAUACUUACAGUCUUGAAGUGGGUGGUAAUGGGAGGAAGAUGAUAUGGCAAGGGGUUCCUAGAAGCAUAAGAGACAGCCACAGGAAAGUACGUGACAGUUUUGACGGCCUUAUUAUCCAACGCAACAUGGCUCUCUUCUUCUCAGGUGGAGACAGGAAGGAGUUGAAGCUUAGGGUGACUGGGAGGAUUUGGAAAGAACAAUGAGGAUGUCCAUCUUACUCACCUGAAUUUAUUUAAUAGUUUCUCCUAUAAUAGUAGUUACUUGUCUCUUAGUCUUCUGUUCAUGUAUUUCCUGGAUCAUAGAAGGCAAAUUCUCUUUGCUUAUGCAUGCAUUGAAUACAUGAGUGGAAAGACAUCAUCAUAUAAAUAUGGUUUUAAGGAAAAAAGAAAUAGUUCAUGCA